UCAGUGUCUCUCUGUGUGUGAAGCAUGAAGGGAGCAGUAAUCUUCCGAUGAUCACCUGUGCUGUACAUAAACGGAUUUAGUCUUUUAUUUCGGGUGGUUUCUGUGUGAUCUACGUUUCAUCUCCAUCAAAAUGGCGAGAAUAGCAUACUCAUACGCAGUCAAAUCUCAUAUUCGCACCAAAGAAUCGCAAGCUUUGUACACCACACUUCUAACUCAGAAGGCGAAGAAGUAUCAUGAUGGUUUUUUGCAACUAGCAAUAACUGGGUCUCAUUUCAAGCAGAUAAUACUGUUGGAUUCAAGCAGUAAUCAGUUAAAUAGGAGGGCAUGCCCUUCAGAAUUGUUAUACCUUUUGUCAAAUUCCAAAAGGCUUUAUAUGGGAUGUUGGCAUGAGGUUUGGAAUUAUGUUGGAGACAGAGGACUCCGGCAAGUGCAGGCAUGGGUUACCCUUGGCAGAGCUCAGUUAAAUUUUAGGGAACCUGAUAGUGCCAUUCAAAGCUUUGACAAAGCAUUAGCCAUCAAGCCUGAUUCUGAGGACGCUCAAGAUGACAUACUGUGAAAAGGCGAAAGCAUCUCCAUUCAUCAGGAGGUAAUUUGAUACUUAUGGUGCCUUGGUCCACACUCUCUCAUGGCUAAGAGAUUUAUGAAGGCAGAUUUUUCCGCGUCCAAAGUUAUUGGUGCAAUCU